AUGAAAGUUAGAAUAAUGGAGGAAGAGGUGAAGGAGGUGGAGGAGGAGCCGCUCAGCCCGAUGGCGCGUGUAUUCCAAUCACCAGAGGUAGACUACUGCGCCGUCACCAUCAUGGGCUUCAAAACCAAGUUCUGUCCGGACGUCCUUCUUGAUGCCUUGAAGCAUAAUGUCUCCAAACAUCCUCGUUUUUCCUCCAAACUGUCUGAGGAUGGUGCAAAAUGGAUUGAAACUCAAGUCAAUGUAGAAGACCAUGUAGUUGUACCAUACAUAGACCCAGAAGAGAUAGGUGAAGAUGGACAAGGCUUCGUAGAUGACUACAUCUCACGUCUCACGACGAUUCCUCUUGAUAGAUCAAGACCCUUGUGGGACAUGCACAUCCUUAACGUAAAAACCUCAGAUGCUGAAGCAGUCGGUGUAAUAAGAUCUCACCAUUCGUUGGGUGAUGGAAUGUCUUUGAUUUCCCUCAUGCUCGCAUGUACCCAUAAGACAUCAGACCCUGACAAUACUGCUAUUCCUUCCUUGAAACGGCGUCAAAUGGUGCCGCAUGGACUUAUAAAACGAAGCUGGUUCUUAAGGUUGAUAUUCACUGUUGGUUCUGUAACGAGACUGAUUUGGAACACUUUUGUAGAUAUAUUGCUUCUUUUGGCGACUAUAUUGUUUUUGGAGGAUACAAAGACACCUCUAAAAGGUGGCAAGGAUGUCGGGAGGAAUCCAACGAGAUUUUAUCGAAGAACUAUCUCUUUGGAUGACAUAAAACUUAUAAAGAACUCUAUGAAUAUGACUAUCAAUGAUGUCCUACUUGGAGUUACACAAGCUGCUCUUUCUCGCUAUUUGAACCGACUUUAUGGCAAGAAGAAUGAGGAAGAGGGAGUGUUGACAUCGAAUCAGAACCAUCUUCCAAGGCAAUUACGUUUCCGUGCAGGCUGUACAGUAAAUCUAAGGUCGGACAUCGGGUUCAAGCCUUUGGCAGAUAUGAUGGCCAAAGAUUCAAAAUGCAGAUGGGGAAACUACUUCAGCUUUAUUAUUUUACCCUUCUCCAUCGGUCUACAAACCGAUCCUUUGGUGUAUCUUAAAAUAUCCAAAUCCACCAUGGCUCGAAAAAAACAUUCUUAUCACGCUGAACUAGUGUAUUUUAUCAUCAACAUCAUCUUAAAAGUGUUUGGAGCUAAGGUAAACAAAGUAAUCAAUGAACUUGGUUAGACAUUUGUUUGCAAUAUUAACGCAAUAUUGUCAAUAUAAUAGGCAGCAUCAACCAUAUUCAAUCGACCGGUGGUGAACUUAACUACAUGCGUUUCAAACGUCAUUGGUCCUAUGGAGGAAAUAAGUUUCCGUGGCCAUCCUAUCGCUUACAUCGCUCCAAGCAAUUAUGGACAAUCACAAGCGUUGUUGGUACAUUACAUGAGUUAUGCGGGGAAGAUGAUAAUCUCGUUAGCGGUUGAUCCCAGAAUCAUCCCGGAUCCUCACAAGAUAUGUGAUGACAUGGAAGAGUCACUCAAAGAGAUGAAAGCUGCUCUUUCCGAAAAAGGGUUACUGUAAGGCUUGUCAUGAGUCAUUGGUAUCUGUAUAUAUUCCCUGCAUACGUGUUCUUUGAUUAUGAUGUCAACUUCUUUUUUCGUACUAAGGUUUCAAUUUAAAGAAAAAACAAAAACUAUUACGCCAGAGUUAAGAAAAGUUGAAAGAUUAUAAGUCC